CACCAGCGCGUGGACAUGGGCGCACUGUGAUUAUCUCUUCUUUCAUGACAAAACCUCAUCCGGAUUUUACUUCCCGACAACUUCCCCGUCUCGUCAGGACUUUCAUGCACGCUUUUUUUCUCCCCCCCCCUCUCAUGUGUGGCUGAGAGUGCAGUUUCCACAGACGAGCAUGCUCCUAUCAUUGUCUUUGUUUGACAUGAGACGGGAUUAAGGCAACCCGCUUCAGUAAAACGAGGCUAAUUUAAGGCUGUUCGCCCGAACUUUUUCUCUCGGGGGCAGGGAUGUCUUCGGCUCGGGUGGAGUACAUUCAGCCCUGGUGGACCUACUGGCUGCACAAUUUCCCUCACAUCAACCUGAGGUUUCAGCCCAUUGACAACACCUUCCAGCCUGAAGACACGAACUACCAGCAGUCUCUUAUAUUCCUGGGCUGUGUGGCAGCUGCGGGGCUUGGCCUUAACCUGCUCUGCCUGGCCAUCUACCUGAGCUGUCUGUGCUGCUGUCGCAAGGAAGAAGAGGAGGAGAGCAAGAGACCCAACUCCUGCUGCGUCACCUGGUCCGCUGUCGCCGCUGGACUCAUCACAUGCGUCGCAGUGGGUGUGGGUUUCUAUGGCAACAGUGAGACCAAUGAUGGCGUGUACCAGUUGACCUACUCCCUGUACAACGCCAAUCACACUCUGGGCGGAGUGGACAGUCUGGUGACUGGCACCAUGGGCAGCAUGAAGAGCGGCCUGCAGAUGCACCUCGCGAGGUUGGACGAGAUCUUUGCCACGCGGGGCGACUACGUGCAGACCCUGCAGUUCAUGCAGCAGAUGGCGGACAACGUGAUCAAGCAGCUGCUGGGGCUGCCCGACUGGGAGGACGCUAAAGUGGACCUGGCAGCCAUCGCUGAUCAAACAGCACAAGUAGAGUACUACAGGUGGCUCAUGUACCUACUGCUCCUCAUCGUGGACCUCAUCAUCUGCCUGCUGGCCUGUCUGGGGCUGGCCAAGCAGUCUCGCUGGCUUCUCACCACGAUGAUGGUGUUUGGAGUGCUGACGCUGGUCCUGAGCUGGACCUCUCUGGGAGCCGACCUGGCCACUGCUGUGGGCACGAGUGAUUUCUGUGAGUGCCCUGACAAGUUCAUCUUGAGCCAAACAAAGAGUGUCAUUGGAGCUGAUAUAGUUCAUUACUACAUGUACUGCAACCAGACCGUCGCCAACCCAUUCCAGCAGCCUCUAACCAUCUUCCAGAGGUCCCUGACCACCAUGCAGAUCCAGAUCCAGGGACUGCUGCAGUUUGCUGUGCCUCUCUUUCCUACAGCUGAGAGAGACCUGCUGGGUAUCCAGAAUUUGCUCAACUCCUCUGAGGCAAGUCUGCACCAGCUGACCGCCCUGCUGGACUGCAGGGGGCUCAACAAGGACUACCUGGAUGCGAUGGUGGGGGUGUGCUACGACGGGGUGGAGGGCAUGCUCUACCUCUGCCUUUUCUCCGCCCUGGCAGCCUGUGCCUUCACUGUCAUGCUGUGUGCCAUUCCCCGGGCGUGGAGACAAAUGGCCUGCAGGGAACGAGAUUAUGACGACAUUGACGAGGAGGACCCAUUUAACCCUCGGAGGAGGAUAAGCUCCCAGAACCCCAACCUCACCAACAUGCAAAGCUUCUGCAGCUACAGCAGCAGCAUGGGCAGUCAGAGCAGCCUGCACCGGCCCACCCCGGCUCUCACAAACGCCCCCAUGUCUGAGUACAUGAACCACACAGUUCUGUUUGGGGGAAAUCCACGGUACGAGAAUGUGCCUCUGAUAGGACGAGGCUCUCCACCUCCCUCGAUAUACUCUCAGCAGUAUAGAAACCGAUACUCCCCCAGUAUGAGGGCCACCUAUCUGUCCAUGACCGAGGAACAGAGAAGACACUUUGGGAACGACUUCCAAGCAUAGACUUCUUACGCUGUCCGAGGAUGGAAACAGCUUCACACACACACACACACACACACACACACACAGAUACACACACACACAAACACUCAACAAACAGAUUGUGUGGCUGCAGCGAGCAUCACAGAGGACAGUGUGUAACAAAGUCGUCGGUCCAGGACGGAGCUGUGUCAGGACAAUGGAUGCACCGCUGUAUGCUCUAAAAUGAUUCAUGACACUCUUCUGUUUGAAGACACAUCUGGAGGAGCUCGCUAAAUAUUUCCGACACUCGCCGUCGACCUCUAACCUGCUCUUAACUUGUUGUGUUAUUUGGCUUGACAGGCUGAGUCGUCAAUUGAUGAAGCACUAUGGGAAAGAAGGUGACACGGCAGAGAUUUGACUCAUACCUUAGUUCUUAUGUUUUAAUGAAAAAUGAAACCAAUGAUUACUGACUUUGAUUCAAGGGGUGGGAGAGGCAAUUUUGAGUAUUCAUUUCUCACCAAGGUAAUGCAGUUAGCCUUUUUAUUAUGAAGUCAAGAAUAAAAAAAGGAAAUCAUUUGUCACUCCUGUUGGAACAGAUUUUUUUUUUUUUAAUUCAAAUUGAGCCUCCAAAGAGAAAAAAACGUGAGCAUGACAGCUGGUGUAAACACGACAUAGUAUUUUCUGUGCCCCUGUGCUUGAGGCUUUUUUUUUUUAUUUAUGAGGCACAAAGCCAGCAGUUGCGGCACACAGCAGGCGGAGGAGGCUUUGUUGAGGUAUAAUUUAUUUACAUUCACACACAGGCAUGCCUCGAGUGAAGCUUUGUGUCUUCUGGAGAUGACACUACCCUGAGACCACGGCUUCUGUGUAUAAAGUGUACAAUAACAGACUGGUGUCUCAUUCUGAUGUGGUUUAUUUUCAUUUGGUUUUAAAAAAAAACAAAAAAACGUGCCAUUUUUAUAUAUUUUUUUCUAGUUUUGUGUGGCGAUGUCACAUAGGAUCACUGUUUAUUGUUGUGUCUUGUGUUUUCUAAAGGGCAAAUAAUUCACGUUUUCUGCAUAUCUAACCCUGCUAAUACAAACGAAAAAGUAGUUUCGCUCAGAACUUGGGAAGCUGUGCUCCUCUAACAAUGAUUACUUAGAAUAUUCAGGUAAUAUUUCUAUCAAGUCAAACCAUCAAGCAGUUCAGGUUUGUAUUGACUAACAAUGAUUCUCUGUAGGGGUGUUGAAUACACAAAAGUUUUGUUUAUUAAUUAUUUUUCUAAGUGUCAUUUCUUUCAGCAUGUUGCAGUGUACAGGCACUUACUGUGGUGCUUAAUUUUGCGUGUGACCUUAAACUACAAGGUCUAACUGUGAGUUGAAUAAAUCAGUUUUCAGUACAA